GAGUCAGUUCAAACCCCUCGAAGUCAUCAUGGCUACUGGUGUUGGUGAGAUUCUCCGACGUUUAAGACAAAGCCACGUGAAAGAUGAAGAAACUACACCCGGAGAGGCUCAGAAAGGGCGUCCUCAAGGUGCAAGAAGGCGGAGCGAUCGUAACACCUCCUCGACGCAACCAGAGCCAGGUCAAACUUUGUCUGUGUUUGAACAGUGCGGAAAUUACAUCGAGAGGUUGCCUUCUGAGAUAAUCCUGAAGAUUUGUUCUUUUCUGGAUGCCUUCUCUCUGUUGAAUAUCGGCUUUGUCAACAAGCGGUUUCAUGAUCUGGCUAACAGCAAUGCUCUGUGGUCUGUGUUGUAUGCUUCUCAGAUUAAAAAGAAAAAGUGGAGACCCAAAGGAAGCAUGAUGACAGGAGCCUUGAGCAGCACAAGUGUGGAAGAGAAACCUGCGGGAUACUGGAAGAAGCUCCUACUCAAGGAGAUGGCUGGUUACAAUGACACCAUGUGGAAAACAGAGCUAAGACACAUGAACCCGCACACGGGCAUGCCAGCUCUAACAGAGCAGGUUAUCAGGAGAUUACACAUUCAGUGGGAGAUCACACUCAUAAAUAAGGAUGGACGUGAAAGUGUCUAUAAGCAGACGCACACUUUCUUUGAAGAUUCAUCUGUUACGGUGUACUGGAACUGUGGUUUCUGGCCAAACAUGAGCAGUCUUAUUGGCCUACAGAUUCAUGGAAUGUGUCCAGCUCUACCAGCUUCAAGAGACAAGCCAAGGUGGCGCUCUUUGAUUCAAAAGACAAGUUUAAAUAAAAGUGUACACUGGUCAUUCCUUGGUGCUGACAAGCUUGUGAAGUUGCUGCGCUUUAAUAAUGGGAUCCUUGUCGGAGUCUGGCGGGGCAAUUGGAAAAUUGCCUUUGUCAUGAUCAACCUGCACUUCCACAAACUGAUUGAAAGGAGUCUCCUUGGGUCAACAUUUUGUCCCUACAUCCCCACGGAGGACACUGCUCUGGACUCUGACAGUGGACAACAUGGAUACACCCUGCACAUUGUGCUUCACAAUCCACUUCAGCGAAUCAUGUGUCAGCGCUUUUCCCCACUUUACAUCACCAGAGUGCCGAAUCAAAUGGACUAUGUGCAGUUGAUCGCCAUUGAUUUGGCUGAUGUGCCUCAGCACAAGCCUGUGGCAAAGAUCAGUGUCCCAUGGGAAGCAGAGGGAUUGCGGGGAAAUGUUGAGCGUUGCUGUAUGAUGACUUUGACAGUUCUGGAUGAGGCUCAGCGUCCCUUCUGGUGUGUGGGUUCUCCUGUUAAGAUGUCCAAUAAGCUCAGAGUGGUGGACUUGGAAUAUGCAGGUGAGCAGUUCGUCAUCAAGUACGAGGAUGUGGACGGAAAGGUCAAAAUGACCUUUGUGUGGAUGGAAGACCUUCAGCAGUGCUUUUUGGUGCAGUUAAUUACUGCAUUCCCAGCAGCAAAAGUGAAAAAGCACUUUGGGAGAAAAUCUUGAGAAUGUUGCAACAUCUGGUUGGUUUCCAUUUAGAGAAGUUGUAAAUAUCCAAAGAUGAUUUUGAAAUAUUUUUAUUUUUGUCAAGCUUAUUUCUCGGUUCUUAUUCAUGAAAAUGUUGCCUUUUUUGCGUUUGUUAAUGUAUAUGCCUGACAUUUUUUUGUUGUUGUUGAGUUUCAGGGACUGUUGUUUAGCAGAAGUUUAAAUUUGGUAAAAGUUGUUCAUUUUUGGUAUCCAAUUUUUCAUAGUUUCAUGAAGUAGAGUAAAUUCAGUUAAGACAAUCAAUAACACAAUGGUGUGAACAUCAUGUUUACUGUGUAACUAAACUCAAAUGUUGAAUUUGUAUGAAUGAUUUAUUUCUCAGUAAUGUUUUUCUGAAGGUCAUUCAAGUGAUGGAGUGACAUUGAGAAACACUGUUCAAAACAGCUGGUUUUGUUUGAUAUAUUGAGGCACAAUUUAAAAUUCUUCUCCAUUAUACCAGCCAUUAUGAAAACAUCAUAUAUAUUAGCUCUUCCUUUACAUUAAUGUGUAAUAUCCACACUAUAAGCAUCACCA